UUUUAUUUUCUUAUUUGGAGUUUUGCGUGGGAGGGGGGUCACAACUUUGUCAUAUGUACUAUAGACAUGAAUAACGACAAAACACCUGACUAAGAGUUACUUCGAAAAUGAACCCCCACCUGCCCAUCAAUCAGUGCAAAUUAAACUAGUACUCCACUACCUGCCAUAGAAACUCCAUUAAGAACAUUCUCUGACUACUCAGAGAACAAAAAUAAAACAUGAACAUGAAAUGCAACAGUACUGGUCGUAGUUGCUUGUUGUGCACACUGGAAGAAAAAGAUCCAUCGGUACGAAAGACAUUAAUAUCUCAAUGCUUCAAAGAGUUGCAUCUCAGAGAAGAAAUGGAACUUGUUCUCACCUUAAGGUGCCUCUGGAAUAGUGCUGUGGCUCAGCCUGAUGACCCUGAAUUCCCGUCCCUCGGCGUCUUUCAUUGCAUGGCUAAACUUCUCAACAGGUGCAUCCGUGACCAAAAUUGGCUUUCAAGAGGAAAAAACGUGUACGUUCCUUACUAUGCAGCUCACAUUAUUGGCUCCUACACCAUGAACAAAGCUCGAUUUUCUGUCUUGGCCGUUAAAUCAGGCGUAAUUUCGCCAUUAAUAAAGCUAUUAAGUGGUAAGUUAACUUGGGUUGAGCAAAGAGUGGCUGUUAGAGCACUUGGUCAUAUUGCGAGACAUAGAAGAACAUUUGAAGACAUUAAAAUCCAUGAAGUGGAGAUUAUAAAGCUAGCAAUGGAGAUAGCUUCCAAAUGCAGUUAUACAAUCUAUAGUGAGUUUGUGUGCAAGAAAAGUGAAAACAGAGUCGAAUAUCAUGGCUAUUUGAUGACAAAAGGAUUCGGAGAAUUGGAAAUGGAGAACAAAAAAGCAGAGUCUUGGACUUGCCAAAUGCAAUGCUGGUCUCUUUACCUUCUCAACUGCUUUGUUAGAAAGAAAAAAAGCAUCAAUUUGAUAUGCAAAGAAGAAUUUCUCAAGAAUUUGUGUAAUAUAUGGGGCGGAUUACAAAACCAGAAUUCUUUCUAUGGUAUCGGCCUUAUCAGAAGUCUCUGUCAAAGCGAAGAUGGUCGAAAAAACAUAGCUCAAUUAGAAGAAGUUGUUGAAAAUAUUUGCAACUUAUCAAGGUCUUCAGAUGAAUGGCAAUUCAUGGCAAUUGAAAGUUUACUCUUACUUCUAAAGGAUCCUAAAACAAGAAACAGUGUAAUAAACAUUGCAGCUACUUUUCUUGCAGAUUUAGUAGAGCUUAGAACUAUCAAAGGAAGAACAAAAAUGGGGGACAUGAUAACGCAAGUACUCUUACAAGAUUAUGCUAAAAUCAAAUAUGGUCAAUUGGAUGUCGACGAAAAAGUAUCACAAAAAACAAUUGAAGAGAUUUGGGACUUGAAAGUGGAAAAAAGGAAAAGGGAUAAAAUCAUGUCCGAACAAGAAGUGAAGGAAAUAGAGCUUUUGGUUUCCAUUUUAAAACGUGAAGGAAACAGGAAAUUUUGGUCAGCUGAGAUUGAAGCAGCUGUAAGCAAGUACACAAAGGCUUUAGAUUUGUGCCCAUUAAAAUCAAGAAAAGAAAGGAUUGUUCUUUAUAGCAAUAGAGCUCAAUGUCAUUUAGUUUUAGGAGAAGCAGAGUCAGCUAUUAGUGAUACAACUCGAGCCUUAUGCUUAUCAGGUGAAAUGAGGCCUCAUGUUAAGAGCCUAUGGCGAAGAUCACAGGCUUAUGACAUGAAAGGAUUGGCUAGACUAAGUUUAGUGGAUUGUUUGACGUUCAUCAAUGAACGCAGCAAAUUGAAUGGAAACAGAAGGAAAAUCCCAUACUAUGCAAUGCGAAUGUUGAACAAGCAGAUGACAGCCACGUGGACUUUCGCAGGGGCCGCGAAGUCCAUGGCAGAUGACAUUAAUGAUGAUGGAAUGCAUGAAUCCAGGGUCCAGCAUGACUUUGCCGGUGGAAAAAUGAGAGGGAAGAAAGAGGCACUCUUAAAAAGCAUACCAACCCACGGGAACAACAAGGAGCAGCAGCUCUUGAAAAAGGGACGGCUUUGGAGAACGAGUCCGAGAAGCAAAGGCGUUAUUGAACCAUUGCUCAAACGUAUCAAGGGAAGGAAAAAUGUAAAAGUUCAAGAAAAAUGUGAUGGCUCGGUUAAGAGUUGAGCAACUUUCAGGUUCAUAAUAAGGGUCGUUUUUCAUGUUGAAAAAGAUUUUCCUAUCUUUUGUUCACAAAGAAAGCUAAAGCUAGAGCCAUUUAAGAAGGAACACAGAGAAACCAGUUUGAUUUUGGAGCAGUCACUGUUCAGAUGUCUCAUUAAAAAUAUUCUCCAGCUAGAUCAUCUAAUAUCCGCUGUAAAACACUGUUCAUCUUUCCCGUCAAUUCUUAUAAACGACAUAAGCUUGUGUUUUUUGGAUAA